UUACUUGUAUUAUUUUUAUUCCUUGUUUUAUUUAUCAAUAAUUAUUGAUCCAGAAAGGUUUGCAAGUUACUAAUUUGCUUACACACACACUUCUUGACCCAAUAAAGAAAUUUGGGUAAAAAUUCAGAAUUUCAAAAAUGAUCUUUAAGCACAUUUGACAGAAAACGGCAGAAAUGGUGUGUUGAUAAUCAAUACAUCAUAUAUUAUCUAUCUUUCAUUUGAAUUUCGUUGUAUCUAAUUUUUCAAUAUCCUAGAAUGUCUAAAGAUUUAAAAAAAGAGAUCAAAUCAGAACAAGUGGAGAUCUCUGAGAAAUCCAACGGUUUCCUCUGCCCAAUGUGUGGAGCACAUUACUUUUCAGAAAACUACUUUGUGGAGCACAUCAAAGAACAUAAAUCAGCAUCAAAUUGUUCCAUAAAACAAGAUAUAGCAUCUGAAUCAGAUAAACCGUCUGUUUUUAUCUGUCCAGUUUGUGCUGAACAUGUUUACUCAGAUACCCAAUUAAUAGAACAUGUAAAACAGCAUCAUGGUCAGAGCAGCCGAAAAGUGCCUGACAACCUUGAUAGUGCAGAUAACUCGACUGUAACAGAUCCUGAGAUGACAUUAGUUAUGUCUUCUACUGAGAGUUUGUCUGUGAAACCUUUCAAAUGUUCAGAGUGUUCAUUUGCUACAAAACAUAACUUUAGUCUAACUGCACAUAUGAGAAUUCAUUCUGAAGAGAAACCCUUCAAAUGUUCAGAGUGUCCAUUUGCUACAAAACAUAUAUUUAGUCUAAAUAAUCAUAUGAGAAUUCAUUCUGGAGAGAAACCCUUAAAAUGUUCAGAGUGUUCAUAUACUACAAGACGAUCCAGUGAUCUUGCUAGACAUAUGACUAUUCACUCUGCAUCUGGAGAGAAACCCUUCAAGUGUUCAGAGUGUUCAUUUGCUACAAGCAGUAAUAGUGGCCUUACUAGCCAUAUGACUAUUCACUCUGGAGAGAAACCCUUUAAAUGUUCAGAGUGUUCAUAUAAUACAAGACGAUCCAGGGAUCUUACUAGACAUAUGACUAUUCACUCUGAAUCUGGAGAAAAACCCUUUAAGUGUUCAGAGUGUUCCUUUGCUACAAAACAUAAAUUUUAUCUAACUACACAUAUGAGAAUUCAUUCCGGAGAGAAACCCUUCAAGUGUUCAGAGUGUUCAUUUGUUACAAGACAAUCAGGUAAUCUUACUAGUCAUAUGACUAUUCACUCUGGAGAGAAACCCUUCAAGUGUUCAGAGUGUUCAUUUGCUACAAGACAAUCAGGCUAUCUUAGUACACAUUAUAUGAGAACUCACUCUGGAGAGAAACCCAUUCAGAGUGCUUAUUAUAUAUAUGCUAAUCGAACCAUAUAGAACAUUUUUAGAUGGAACUGGUGUGGGGACUGGGGCAAUGAUUUUUGUAACCAUUUUAUUGGUAUCAUUUUGUUAAACGUCCGAAGAUUUCUCCUCAGGGCGAAAAGCGUUUAAAUAUAAUUUCAUGCUUAAACACGAGUAGAUUCGCCUUUUUUGAUUUAUUUAGUUUUUCAAACUUUAUUUUUAAUCAUAACUGCAACUUUUAUUAGAAUUAGAUUUAGAACUAGAAUUAAAAUCAAAUUUACACUUCAAAACAAUAUGAAUGAAAAUUAUUUGCAAAGAAUCUUUAAUCUGCAGCUGUGCAGCUAGGUCACACAGUAUCCUUUGUAGACUUGUAUUUAGACUUGAUAAUAUGUAUUCGAAAUAUGUGCCGUGCUUUUUCUCUGAUGGCAUAUUUUGGGUAAAUAAACAAAAAUGUUAAAGAAGUC